UGAAUCCUCCCGAAACCAAGGCCACUGAUACAAAUUGGUUCUGGUCCUGGGUCUUGACUUCGUAUCCCAACUAAAAUUCAUAUUCGACAUCGUUGACGAUGCAACUUCAUAGUCUUAGAGAGUUAGAUCAGACUGAGGGGACGGUGCAGCUCAGAAAGGUCUCCAGCGAGUCCGGUGGCACGGAUUCUUCCCUCGUUCUGUACCCUCAUCCGUCAGAAAAUGACCCCAACGACCCACUGAGAUGGCCCAUAUGGAAGAAACACGUAACUUUCGGCUCUGUAUGCGCCUUCACCUUUCUGACCAACUAUGCCAUCGGAGGACUGGCGCCUGCUUUCUACAUCUUGAGCCUUGAGUUCGAGAAAACGAUGAGCGAAACCAGUCAUCUUCUCCUCUGGCCCAUCCUAGUUCUCGGAAUCUUCAACUUCUUCUGGGUCCCAAUAGCCAACUACUUCGGCAAGCGGCCUGUUUUCGUCUUCGCGUCUCUUCUCCUCUGCGUCUGCUACAUAUGGGGCGCUACCGCCCAGAGUUUCGAAAGCCUCCUCUGGUCCAACAUCGUGGCCGCCGCAGCCGGCUCAUCAACCGAAGCUCUGGGCUCCGCAAUCGUAAACGACCUGUACUUCGUCCACGAGCGAGGCUCAAAGAUGGGAGUCUACAUGAACUCGAUAUCCGGCGGCAACACCAUUGGCCCUCUCAUUUGCGGCUUCGUCGUGCAAAGCCUCGGCUGGCGCUGGCACAAAUGGAUGGCCGUAAUCUUCACCGGCAUCAACUUCCUCUUCGUCCUCUUCUUCGUGCCAGAGACCCGUUAUAACCGAAUCAGCCAGCCCAACCUCAGCGCAAACAGCUCAUCCCAAGCCAUCUCCUCUGACUCUGAAGAAGCCAUCGAUGUCGAAAAGGCCGCCGAGUCUCGCACAAAGGAGUAUCCCGGCUCGCCUCCCUCGGGCCUAUCCCCCGUGCCCAAGAAGACCUUCACGCAGGAACUCAGCCUCUGGUCCGGCGUGCCCUCGGACACCAACAUCCUCAAGAUGUUCCUCCGCCCAUUCCCCAUGAUCGCCUACCCCGCCGUGAUCUUCGCGUUUCUAGGCUACGCCGUCAGCCUGGCCUGGGUAGUCUCCGUCAACAUCCUCAACCCUUUCGUGCUCGAAGCGCCGCCCUACAACUGGCAGCCGCAGAUCAACGGCCUCAUCAACAUCCCCGGCCUGAUCGGCAACAUCAUCGGCGCCUACGCGGGCGGCUGGCUUGUAGAUGUAUUCUGCGACUGGCGCACGAAGCGGAAUCACGGCGUGUUUGAGCCAGAGAGCCGGCUGUAUUUGCUUAUCAUUCCGUUCUUAAUCACGCCGGCGGGGUGUCUACUUUUCGGGUACGGGGUGCAGAGGACGAUGCACUGGACGACGUUGUUCUUUGGGUACGGUAUGAUUUCAGUGGGGUUGACGGCUGUGCCGACGAUUACGAUGGCGUAUGUGAGUGAUUGCUUGUUGCCGGUUAACAUGGAUGCGUUGCUGCUAGUGAAUGGCUUCAAGAACAUUGUUGCAUUUGGGUUCCUCUAUGGUGUCGUCCCUUGGGUUGACGAUGUUGGAUACAUAGAUUGCUUCGGCACGCAGGCGGGCCUUUAUGUUGCCAUCAUCGGGAUUUUUGGUGGACUACUGACAGUGUUUGGCGGUAAGCUGCGGCAUAUGAGCAGCCAGUGGCACAUUAUCUUGUGAGGCUCUGGAGUCUCCGCGGCUGAAGGCUGAGGCCUAGAGUAGCUUUGAGCAAGUGAAAGGCGCACACUGCCUUAUUAUGAAAAUGCGUACAAAUGUUUGACUCUGUUUGAAGCUCCUUGAUGCAUUUUAGUGUUUUAGCGCGAUGAGAAAAUGCAUGUCUCAAUAUCGUAAGACUCGUAUUAUCAUCAUAUAGAGACAAGGUAUAUGCGGUGUAUGGCC